GUUCACUUGCUCAUACCCAGCUCAGUCAGUAGCAGCUAGGCAGGCACUGUGAAAACGAUAAGGUUCGGACCAGCCAAGCCGGCAGCCACAGCCUCUCCCUCUCCCUCCCCAGCGCCGGAGCUCGUCUCCUCUCCUCGCCGGCGCCACCGCCCCCAUGCUCCUCCCAGUGCGCGGCCUCCCGGCCGCCCCUCAUCGCCCGCUCACCCACCCACACAGCUCCCCCGCGCCGCCGCCCUCCCUCCUCGGUGCCCGGCGCCGCCGUCCGUCCCGGAGGCUCUCCAAGGUCGUGUCCUACUACGGCCUCACCACUCCGCCGUACAAAACCGACGCCCUGGAGCCGUACAUGAGCAGGCGGGCGGUGGAGCUGCACUGGGGCAAGCACCAGCAGGAGUACGUGGACGGGCUCAACAGGCAGCUCGCCAUCAGCCCGCUCUACGGCCACACCCUCGAGGACCUCAUCAAGGAGGCCUACAACAACGGCAACCCGCUGCCCGAGUACAACGACGCGGCCGAGGUCUGGAACCAUCACUUCUUCUGGGAAUCGAUGCAGCCGGAAGGCGGCGGCUCGCCCGAGGCGGGCGUGCUGCAGCAGAUCGAGAAGGAUUUCGGCUCCUUUUUUAAUUUCAGGGAGGAGUUCAUGCGCUCGGCGUUGUCGUUGUUGGGGUCUGGUUGGGUUUGGCUUGUCUUGAAGAGAAGCGAGAGGAAGCUCGAGGUGGUUCACACCCGAAAUGCUAUCAACCCACUUGCUUUUGGGGAUAUUCCAAUCAUCAGCCUAGACUUGUGGGAGCAUGCUUACUACUUAGAUUACAAGGAUGACAGGCGAACAUAUGUGUCAAACUUUCUGGAUCACCUUGUGUCUUGGCAUACUGUCACUGUACGCAUGAUGCGCGCGGAGGCUUUUGUUAACCUUGGUGAACCAACUAUCCCAGUGGCAUGAGAUGAUACGGAUAUGACCUGGAGUUGUCUCUGAAUAUGUCGAUCUCAUGAGGGAUGCCAAGGAAAAUCCUGAACCACAUCCUACUGGAUGAGACGGAGAGUUUGCGGGG